AUGUUCUGUCUUAUCCUUCUCCUCUACUUCUCUCUCCUUCCUUUCCCCCGUCUUUUUCUCUUUGUUAUCAUCGCCGAACCCCAAACUUGUUGUUACCUCUUUCCUUUCAUCCUCUCCCGCCGCUCAGUUGUCUCCGACGGGCAUCUGCUGGGACUUGGAGGGUUUGAUCAUAAGGAAAGAAUGGUCGCUUCUGUAGAAAGGUACGAUGCUUCUCAGAACUGCUGGGUAGAGGUAUCAUCCCUCCUGCACCCUCGUGCUUCCAUGGCGGUAGUCGCUAUCGACGGCUACAUUUUUGCUAUGGGAGGAUACGAUGAGAAUGGAACUGUGUCGUCAGUCUGCGAGCGUUGGGAUCCUGUAGCCCAUCGCUGGGACCUCGUCGCCCCCAUGCUACAUCCUCGCGCCAUGUGCGCGGCGGCCGUGUGGGACGGGAUGAUCUACGUUUCGGGAGGGAAGGGAUGGAGAGCGGGGGUGAAGCAGGCUGCGAGUAUGAAGCGAGAAGACGACGGCGAGCAGGAGGAAGGAAGCGGUGAAGCGGGAAAGGGGAAGGAGGAGGAGGAGGAGGAGGAGUACUUGAAGGUGGUAGAGAAGUAUGAUCCUCAGGGAGACGAGUGGUCGCAAGUGAGCCCCCUACUCCUUCCACGAGCUCUUCACAAGAUGGUUGUGCUCCCAACGAACAGAGGUCUCCGACUCUGCGCUGUCGGAGGGUUUACCGAUCGACAGAGCUUGGCAGAAAAAAUGCAGGAGGUAGGAGAGGGCGGGGGAGAAGCAGGAGGAGGAGAUGGGGAAGGGAAAGCAGGAGGGGAAGGAGAAAGGAACACAAAAGCACGAGAGGUCUGCCUGUCAAGCUCGGAGUACUACGACAAGGGAAAGGACGAGUGGGAGAGCUGCGAUGAGUUGGAGUUGCCCUACCCUUGUGCUGGGUUCGACAUCACGACAGUUUGA